UCAUUUCAUUGACUCUGUUUCUCUUUCUAUGUUUCUGUUUCUCUCUCUAGUUCUUCAUAGUGGUGUGGAGCCCAUAGCUGGACCUGUGCUUUGCUGGCUCCAAGCUCUUCAUUGUUAGUCUUUUUAUGGGGCUUCACCUCUGAGUUCAGAACAAAAAAGGGUUUCACACUUUGUCCAAUCUUUCACACUUAUCAAUUUUCAAUUCUCUUUCAUGCACCACUCCUUUUUCUUUCUCCAACACUUUCACCAUCUGCAAACACACCACUUAGCUACAAAAACAGCACAAUAAACCCAUUUCUCUUUCUUUCUAAUGAUUUUGAUGGAUCCACAGAUCUAAUGAUUUCACACACUUUCUUCACCACGGAUCAUUGUCUUCUUCAUCUGGGGCUUCCCAAUAGCUUCUAAUCGAUAGUCAAAUUUUGUUGGUUUGUGCGAGAUCAUCUUCAUCGUUGGGGUGACGGGUAAGGAGUGCAGGACUAUAUCUAUAGUGUAUGAAAAUUCUUGGGGGUGAAGUCGUUUUUGGGGUAGUUGUUAGAUGUUGAAAUCCUUGACGGUUGUUUGGUGAAAUGAGGGAUGUUAUCGGGGUUGAUGAACUUAUUGAAGGCCUGCUUUCGGCCGGGUUCGGAUGGGUUUACACGCACAGGUUCGGAUGCUGGAGGUAGACAGGAUGGACUAUUAUGGUACAAAGACACGGGGCAGCACUUGAAUGGUGAAUUUUCAAUGGCUGUAAUACAAGCUAACAACUUGCUGGAAGAUCAGAGCCAGAUUGAAUCAGGCAGUUUGAGCUCCAACGAAUCUGGCCCUUAUGGUACCUUCAUCGGUAUCUAUGAUGGCCAUGGAGGGCCUGAAACAUCGCGGUUUAUCAAUGAUCACCUAUUUCACCAUCUCAAGAGAUUUACUUCAGAGCAGCAAUCGAUGUCGGUGGAUGUAAUUCGCAAGGCACUCCAAGCAACAGAAGAGGGGUUUAUGUCAGUGGUUGCCAGACAAUGGUCCAUGUCGCCUCAAAUAGCAGCUGUUGGUUCAUGUUGUCUUGUUGGUGUUAUUUGUAGUGGAACGCUUUAUAUAGCAAACCUUGGGGAUUCCCGGGCAGUAAGAGCGGUCAAGGCAACUGGUGAGGUUUUAGCCAUGCAAUUAUCGACAGAGCACAAUGCAUCAAUAGAGUCUAUAAGACAGGAGCUGCAUUCUUUGCAUCCUGAUGAUCCAAAUAUCGUGGUUUUAAAGCAUAAUGUAUGGCGUGUGAAGGGCCUUAUUCAAGUUUCUAAAUCCAUUGGUGAUGUAUAUUUGAAAAAGGCGGAGUUCAAUAGAGAACCACUAUAUGGCAAGUUUCGACUUCGGGAACCGAUCAAGUGGCCAAUACUGAGCUCCGAACCAUCGAUAUCAGUGCAUCAUUUGCAGCCACACGAUCAAUUUAUUAUAUUCGCAUCUGAUGGACUCUGGGAGCACCUUAGCAAUCAAGAAGCAGUUGAUAUAGUUCAAAACAGCCCCCGCAGUGGAAGUGCAAGGAGGCUGGUGAAAGCUGCUCUUCAAGAAGCUGCAAAGAAGAGAGAAAUGAGAUAUUCAGAUUUAAAGAAAAUUGACCGCGGAGUUCGGCGUCAUUUCCAUGAUGAUACCACGGUGAUUGUUGUGUAUCUUGACUCAAAUCUGGUGAGCAGGGCAAGCACUGUGAAGUUCCCUGGAAUUUCUGUUAGAGGGGGUGGUAUUAACCUGCCUCAUAACACACUGGCACCUUGUACAACACCAACAGAGAUUGGUGGUACCUGAUCUAAGUUGUAUCUUUUUAUCUUUCUUUUUCUCUGUUGUAUCAUUUUCUUGUGUGAAUACCAGUUAUCUUCAAAUAGCAAUGAGAGGAGCAGCACUUCAAUUCUUUGAAUGUGAACUGUAACUUACUAGGAUACUAAUACUCUUGUUUAGGUUUCUUUUUCCCUUUCCCCUCAAAACCAAAAGAACAGAAGAAAUCUUCUUCUGAUGACCAUUAUAAGAGUUGCCUCGGCAACAUUUUAUCCUUUUUUCUUUUUUCUCUUUUA